AUGUUCUCCACAAGCGAAGACGGCUUUAACCCGCACAUCACACCCAUUGGACUGAUCUGCGUCGUUCAGCAGGCUUUUGCUCAAAGCGAUUAUAGCCGAUGUAGCGAUAUGACCGGAGAGGUGUGGGAACAAGGUCAAGAGACAUCGAAAGCAGAAGAGGAACGCAAAGACGUAGACAGCCGUAACAUCAUCCCAUUUAGGAAGCCUGCAGCAUGA